AAGCUGCCCUGAGCUAGGGAAAGGCGAGGGACUGGAGAGGGAGAGUUGUAGUUCCAGAACCCAACAUAGGUCUGGGCCUGCCUUCUAGGAGGCAGUAAGGACUGAGAAAUGGAGAACCGUUGAUACCAAGCAGUAUACACUGCACGUGAACUGUUGGUAGCGGUAAAUGUAGACCAAGGGGAGGACCAAAGGAUGAGCAGAGUGAUUCCGACAUGGAUCGCUUAUAGGACAGGAAGGAUGAUGCCAGUGCCCAACUCAUUCUCAUACUUACUCCCAAGACCCCGGACUCUCACCUGCUGGAAAAACAACAGAUUAUGCCUUUGAGAUGGCUGUCUCAAAUAUUAGAUAUGGAGCAGGGGUUACAAAGGAAGUAGGCAUGGAUCUACAGAAUAUGGGCGCUAAGAACGUUUGCUUGAUGACAGACAAGACCCUCUCCCAGCUCCCUCCUGUACAGAUAGUUAUGGAUUCCCUAUCAAAGAAUGGCAUCAGUUUUCAGGUUUAUGAUGGUGUACGGGUGGAACCUACAGAUGGAAGCUUCAUGGAUGCAAUUGACUUUGCCAAAAAGGGAGCCUUUGAUGCCUAUGUUGCUGUGGGUGGGGGCUCCACCCUGGACACCUGUAAAGCUGCUAAUCUAUAUGCAUCCAACCCUCAAGCGGAGUUCCUUGACUAUGUCAAUGCCCCCAUUGGAAAGGGCAAGCUAGUAACUAAGCCUCUUAAACCUCUGAUCGCAGUUCCAACUACCUCAGGGACUGGCAGUGAGACUACCGGGGUUGCCAUUUUUGACUAUGAACAUUUGAAAGUAAAAACUGGAAUUGCUUCACGAGCCAUCAAACCCACCCUGGGACUGGUUGAUCCCCUGCAUACUCUCCACAUGCCUUGCCGGGUGAUUGCCAACAGUGGCUUCGACGUCCUUUGCCAUGCUCUGGAGUCAUACACCGCCAUUCCCUACAACAUGAGGAGCCCCUGCCCUUCCAAUCCCAUCCAACGACCGACAUACCAGGGGAGCAACCCAAUCAGCGACAUCUGGGCAGUCCAUGCACUGAGAAUCGUUGCCAAAUAUCUGAAGAGGGCUGUCAGAAACCCUGAUGAUCUGGAAGCAAGGUCUAACAUGCACUUGGCAAGCACUUUCGCUGGCAUUGGCUUCGGAAAUGCUGGUGUUCAUCUGUGCCAUGGCAUGUCCUACCCAAUUUCAGGUUUAGUGAAGAAAUAUAAAGCCAAGGAAUACAAUGUGGAUCACCCUCUGGUGCCCCAUGGCCUCUCUGUGGUGCUCACCUCUCCUGCAGUGUUCACCUUCACAGCCCAGAUGUUUCCAGAGCGGCACCUGGAGACUGCAGAAAUAUUAGGAGCCAACAUCCACACCACCAGGAUCCAAGAUGCUGGGCCUGUGUUGGCCGAUACUCUCCGAAAAUUCCUAUUUGACCUAAAUGUUGACAACGGUCUCGCUGCUCUUGGUUAUUCCAAGGAUGACAUCCCUUCAUUGGUGAAAGGAACACUGCCCCAGGAAAGGGUCACGAAGCUUGCGCCUCGAGCCCAGUCAGAAGAGGACUUGUCCGCUUUGUUUGAAGCAUCAAUGAAACUGUACUAAUUAACGUAUUAGUGCAAAGCAUCUCCAUUGGCCCUUGCAACAGAAGUUACAAAUAGCAGAAGUUGAUCAGACUUGGCCUUUGCCAUCUUAUCACCACACUGAGUUCACCUGUGACUGGUCUGAAUGUGAUGUGAUUUUUAUCCUUUGGGAGAUUCCUUGGUGCUCAUUAUAGAAAACCCACGGGCUAUACCCCAGGGGUCAGUGUUCCUGCACCAAGCCCCAUCAAAUACGUAAUUAUGUCCAAACACUGCUUGUCUAGAAAUUUACCCUGAAGAAAUACUAGCAAUAGUGUGCAAAAAAUAUAACGCAUCCUAGGAUGCACACAGGGUGUUUCUAACAGUAUUUUUGGAUAGUAAAAAUUAAGUCUAAAUAGUCAUUACUAAAUGAUAGAAUACUGUGGCAUUAUUAAUAAAAAUGAAGUAAAACUCUUGAAAA